UCUCCGUUGGGAGCAAACAAAUCCAUUAUCUACUGUGGAUAGUAGGAUGAACACCUGAGACAUGUCACAACCCUUGAGGUUUAAUCUUGAUUGAAAUCAAGAUCCAGUUGAUUGAUUAUACUAACAUAAUGCUGCGAAAUCACAUUUGAACAGUAAUAAUCCGAACCAAAAUGCAUCAGCCAUGUCUCCGUGCAACAGUCCCAAAUCCAACUACUACUCUUCCAGUACACUCAACCAUCAAUGUUUCCAGUUCCCCUACAAACACCUCUUUCCACCUUACAAAACCAUCACAAUCCAAACGCACGACAAGGAUUAGGAGCCAAACCAUGUUAAAUUCCAACACCCCACCACACCAUAGGUGGUCUCUUAACGGCAUGACAGCUCUUGUCACAGGUGGAACUCGCGGAAUUGGGCAUGCCAUUGUGGAGGAAUUGACGGGUUUUGGUGCUAAAGUUCAUACAUGUGCCAGAAAUGAAGAUGAUCUCAAUAAGUGUCUCAAAGAAUGGAAUCAUUUGGGUUUUGAUGUUACUGGCUCAAUUUGUGAUGUGUCUGUUCCACAACAGAGGGAGGUGCUCAUGGAGGAUGUUUCCUCUGUCUUCCAUGGAAAACUCAACAUCCUUAUAAACAAUGUAGGGACAAACAUUCGAAAACCGAUGACAGACUUCACAACUGCAGAGUUUUCAAGUCUUAUUGAUACCAAUUUAGGAUCCACAUUUCAUAUGUGCCAACUUGCGUAUCCACUUCUAAAAGCGUCGGGAGUGGGGAGUGUUGUUUUUAUCUCUUCUGUUUCUGGUUUUGUCUCACUGAAGUCAAUGUCUGUUCAAGGAGCAACAAAAGGGGCAAUUAAUCAACUUACAAGAAGUCUAGCUUGUGAGUGGGCAAAAGACAACAUAAGGAGUAAUGCAGUUGCACCUUGGUACAUCAGAACUUCGAUGGUAGAGCAAAUUCUGAGCAACAAAGACUAUUUGGAAGAGGUGUACUCUCGAACUCCGCUCCAACGCCUUGGAGAUCCAGCAGAAGUGUCUUCUGCUGUUGCCUUUCUUUGCUUACCAGCGUCGUCUUACAUCACUGGCCAGAUUAUAUGCGUUGAUGGAGGAAUGUCUAUCAAUGGUUUCUCCCCGACACAGAUGUAAGAACUGCUUCACAAACACACUCCUUGUAUCUUACUAAUUUUCCUCAUCACCCACCAUUACAAGGGACUGAGAGGGAAGAAGAUAUAAAGAUAAGCUCUAUAUUCUCAUAAAAAAAGCUAGCUUAAUGUAAUUUAUCCGACGCAUAAAUUUCGUGCAUAAUAAUCAAUGUCAUGUUAAAGUAAAAGACAAGCCCAUUCGAAAAGUCAUGGAUUCAACUCUUACUGCCAAUGUGAUGACUAUUUAGUAGAUAAUCUAUAUAAGUAGUACUCCUGUAAGUGUUCGUUGAGACUUGAGAUGUCCAAUGAUAUUGAUAGUUUUCAUAACCUA